AUGUACAAUUUCUCCAGCCUACAGUAUACUCUGCUCCACAGAGAUAAUCAAAAAGGCCAAAACAGAAUUUCACCUUUAAUCCUUUCUUCUUCACACACUGACGCUACAGCCCUGCGAGAGCUGGUACUUGAUCCCGUCGCCGACGACUAUACCGCCGGAGCUCCUGCCGUUGCCGAGUGGGAUGUACGCCGAGCAGGUGACGUGGAUAUGGUAGCGGCCGGAGACGAAGGCACCGACCCUCCACUUGACCCGGCCGGUGACCUUGACGGUGAGGCGGACGGCGCCGGCGGACUGGUCCUGGCGGAGGGCGAGGCCGUUGUAGGGUGCGACGGGGACGUUGUUGCCGUAGAGGAAAGGGGACCAGACGUUGAGGUCAUGGUGGCCCUGGUAGACGGGCGGGAUGGCGGUGGCGUAGGUGACCUGCUGGCUGUGGUAGGUGGCGUAGGCGGCGAGGCGGUCGUAGUAGACGCCGAUUCGGGAGUUGGGGUUGUGGGAGGUGGUGGAGAUGACGUUUGGGGCGGAGACGUUGAGGGAGAAGAUGGUGGCGUCCUGGAGGACGAAUCGGGGCUUGUGGGGCUGGAGGACGGCCCAGACUAUGAGGAUGAGGAAGAUGAGGACGAGGAGAGCGGCGCAGAGGCGGCGGAGGAUUUUCUGCCGCUUGUUUUUGUGGUGGCUGCAGACCUUCUCCGACAUGGCGGCGGCGGAAUUUGGGGAAAAAAAUUUGGGGGGAUUUUAAGGGGGACGUUAGUGCCUUGA